GUGAAAUUAAAUUAACAUGGAGAAGCUUUCAAGAACUUUAAGGAUUGCUUGCAUUCAGUUGAAAGUUGGAACUAAUAAGACUGAAAAUGUUGCGAGAGCACUUGAGAAAAUACGAGAAGCUAAAAUGAAAGGAGCUGAGUUAGUUAGCUUACCAGAAUGUUUUAAUUCUCCUUAUGGAACCAAAUUUUUUCAACAAUACGCAGAGGCAGUUCCGGAGGGCGAAACAUCAAAGUUCUUAUCAGAAAUCUCAAAGGAACUUGGCAUUUAUCUAAUCGCUGGAUCGAUUCCUGAAUCGAAGGAGAACAAACUUUACAAUACUUCGACGAUUUGGGAUCCUAAUGGAAAUCUUAUCGGAACAUAUCGAAAGAUGCAUUUAUUUGACAUUGAUAUACCAGGAGAGAUUACAUUCAAGGAAUCAGAUUCGUUAACUGCUGGAAACAGUUUCACAACUUUCGAUGUGAAAGAUUUUAAAAUUGGUGUUGGAAUUUGUUAUGACAUUCGAUUUGAAGAAUUUGCCAAGAUUUAUAGGAAGAAAGGUUGCAACUUAUUGGUUUAUCCUGGAGCUUUCAAUAUGAAAACGGGACCAUUGCAUUGGGAACUCUUAGCUAGAGCGAGAGCAAAUGAUAAUCAAUGCUACACAGCUUUGAUAUCUCCAGCUAGAGAUGUGAAUGCUGAUUACGUUGCUUGGGGUCAUACAAUGGUUGUUGAUCCGUGGGCCAAAGUUGUCGAAACUGUUGACAGUGAAGAAGGCCUCAUUGUUACUGAUUUAGAUCUUUCCCUUGUUGAUAAAGUUCGUGCUAACAUCCCUGUGUACAAUCAAAGACGAAGCGAGAUUUACGAUACAAUUGACAAGAAAUGAAUGGAAGUCAUUAAAAGGUUCAAGAAAAAAUAAAGAUUUACAAAUAUCGUAAUGAAAAAUAUAUUGAAAGUUAAAAAUUAAUUUGAUCUUCGUUUUAUUCUUAUUUUUUGUAUGAUUUGAAAUUUUAAAAGCUCACAGUUUACUAAAUUUUAAAUUUAAUUAAUUUAGGAAGCUACGAAACAAAGGAAAGCAUUCGAAGAAAUUUGCAAAAAGAAAAAAAAAGAGAAGUGUUUGAAGAACCUUCGUAACAUUUCUUUCAUAAUGUUUCAUACACUUUGAAAC